AUGGGGACAGUGCUUUCCGUGGAGAAGAAAGCGAACCUGGAGAUGUGGGAUGGGUCCAAGUCGGAAGGCUUCGUGCUGAAGAUCAAGUGUGAGGAGGCGUUGAAGGGUGCCUACAUCGGAUGCUCCAUCGCAGUGAACGGCACUUGUCUCACAGUGACGACCUUCAACUCAGAGGCCUUUGAAGUGAACUGCGCCCCCGAGACGCUGCGGCGCACGGACCUGGGCGACCUGAACAAGGGCGACCUCGUGAACCUCGAGAGGUCCAUGGCUGCGACCGACCGGAACUCCGGCCAUUUUGUACAGGGCCACGUCGACGAAGCGGGCAAGAUCUUGAAAUUCACACCGGAGGGCGACUCCCUUUGGGUGCGGAUCUCUUUGAGCGACGACCUUCUACCGUAUGUGAUCCCUAAAGGUUACAUCGCCGUGGAUGGAACUAGCCUUACCGUUUGCGAGGUCAACCGUGAAGAGAAAUGGUUCAACCUGAUGCUCAUCGCCCACACGCAGAAGUGCAUCGUGAUCCCCAAGAAGAAGGUGGGCGAGCGCGUCAACCUGGAAGCAGACUGCAUGGGGAAG